AUGCGAUCCAAGUUCAAGGACGAACACCCUUUCGAGAAGCGAAAGGCUGAGGCCGAACGCAUUCGCCAGAAAUAUGCUGACCGUAUUCCUGUCAUCUGCGAGAAGGUCGAGAAGUCGGACAUCGCCACCAUUGACAAGAAGAAAUACCUGGUGCCGGCCGAUCUCACCGUGGGACAGUUCGUUUACGUUAUUCGCAAGCGCAUAAAGCUCUCCCCCGAGAAGGCUAUCUUCAUCUUCGUUGAUGAGGUCCUCCCUCCCACUGCUGCACUCAUGAGCAGCAUCUACGAAGAGCACAAGGACGAAGAUGGCUUUUUAUACAUCACAUACUCGGGCGAGAACACUUUCGGUGGCCUGUAG